AUGGCAUCCUUUGCUGCUGCUGCGCUUGUGGAGAUCCAGCCGCAGCAUGGAGCUGGCCAGCACAGCCUUGCAGCUGAAGCCAAAUUGCUGGCUGGAUUUGUUUCCGCGGAGCUGAAUGAGUUGAAGCUGUGGCGGAUUUGGCAGUUCACGCGAGAACUGCAUGGAUUGCUCGUGUUCUUGGCAUUGUUCUUGGAGAAGGAGGAUGAUGGUGCGCCCCUGGAGCUGAGCCACUACACCACCACUGAUCGUGAAUCAGAAGCACUGGCACAAUCUCCAACUUUGGAAGACAUCGAGGGGAUCACGGAGGAAGCACAAGGUAUGUUCGCCAAAACCACUGGGCUCAGGAAGUUCCAAAUUUACAAGGCGUUGGACGUUGCCACGGAUAAUCUGUUCGCUUUGGAAUCGCUUCUUCAUUGGCCGGCAGCGGGACAAAUGGCCAUUGCAUUGCAGCAUGCUAUUGGCUGCGAUCUCGAAUGACGUGGGUGCCGUUCUGCUGCUUCUUGGAUCUCAACUUCGCGAGAUGAUUUUGUGAAAAAAGUCCAGAUGGUAUUGGGGUUUCAUGAGAGACGAUCUCAGCUUGCAUCUUGCUGCUGGGGUUUCCUGGAGUUUUUGACUUUGCCCUUCAUGUGAUACUAGAAGGACAGAGAAGUCGCAGCGUUGUGG